UCGGUGCGCACCGAAACAUCACUAGUGAAGCAGACUUCAUUUAGAGCGCCUAUCUUGGGUUCGGCUGUCUCUCUCUCGGAUGUUAUACUAAUGCAAAUACCUUGGCGGAGAUAACCGGGAUGUGUACGGAUGUGUAUGAGAAAGACAACACUUACGCUUCCUCAAACUUGUAGCAACCUCCUCCAUUCAGUAAGUUGAGAGGUUGAUGAAACUUUUUUUUUGAAUGAGUAUCCCGCCGCUGGCUGGCACAUCUGGACUCGCGGACGUCGGAGCUGUCAAGUCCAGCGCCAACGUUUAGCCGGACCUGACGUGACCCCCCCCCCCAACACCACUCUUCUGUUUUUUUGUCCUCCCUAAACUUUAAGGCGGAAUAUGGGACUUUAAAUUCUUGUGUCUUUAUUUUUAAAACUUUUUUUCUUUCUUCUUUUUUUUUCUUCUUUUUUCAUAAUUACAAGGCACAAAAUGGAACACUCAGUCCUCAGAAUAACAUGCGUCUUGGUGAUUAUCUGUCUCUUGGAUAAAAGGGUAGGCUCCAAUGAAAUCUUGGGCCUGAAGCUCCCCAAUAUCGACCCGAUCCUGAAUGCCAACACGGUGUGUCUGACACUGCCAGGUUUGACGCGACGCCAGCUGGAGGUGUGCAUGCGUAACCCAGAUGUGACAGCUUCUGCAAUCCAGGGAAUUCAGAUUGCCAUCCAUGAGUGCCAGCACCAGUUCAGAGGGCACCGCUGGAACUGCUCCAGCCUGGAGACUAGGAACAAAAUACCCUACGACAGCAUAGUCUUUAAAAGAGGUUUCAGAGAGAGUGCCUUUGCAUAUGCAAUUGCAGCAGCAGGUGUGGUGCAUGCAGUGGCCAACGCCUGCUCCAUGGGCAAACUGAAGGCAUGCAGCUGCGAUGAGAAGCGGCGUGGGGACGAGGAGGCCUUCCGCAUCAAACUGCACCGUUUGCAACUGGAAGCCAUCCACCGAGGGAAGGGCAUGGUACAUGGCGUUAUGGAGCACUUCCCUGCCGACCUGCCGGGUCCCCAAGACUCCUGGGAGUGGGGCGGCUGCAGCCCUGAUGUGGAAUUCGGCGAGAAGUUCUCGAGGGACUUCUUGGAUGCCCGCGAAACCUACAAGGACAUCCAUGCCCGUAUGAGGCUGCAUAAUAAUAGAGUUGGAAGACAGGUGGUGCUCGACCACAUGAGAAGGAAAUGCAAGUGCCACGGGACAUCUGGGAGCUGCCAGCUGAAGACCUGCUGGCAGGUUACCCCGGAGUUCCGGGUCGUGGGUUCAAUCCUCAAAGAGCGCUUUCACAUCGCCACGCUUAUCAAAGCUCACAACCGAAACACCGGACAGCUUGACCACUCCCACCACAACAACCACCACAACCACCAUAACCAUCACAAUCACCACAACCACCAUCACCAUCAUCAGAACAACCACCACAAUCACAAUCACCACCACCACCACACACACCGGCGACGGCCAAGCAUCAACGAACUGGUCUACUUUGAAAAGUCACCAGAUUUCUGCGAGCGGGACCUGGGGUCGGACUCCGCAGGCACUCAGGGCCGGAUCUGCAACAAGACCAGCCCUGGCAUGGACAACUGUGAGAGUCUAUGUUGCGGGAGAGGCCACAACAUCCUGCAGCAGACGCGGAGUGAACGCUGCAACUGCAAGUUUCACUGGUGCUGCUAUGUGGUGUGCGAAGAGUGCAGGAUAACAGAGUGGGUCAGUGUCUGUAAAUGAAGAAACACACACUAAAAGACAGUACACAAUAAAGAAAACAAAGAAAAAGAGACAUUUAUAAAUCAAGACUAUUCAUUUGAAAGGGGAAUAUGACUGUAACGUACCUUUUUGCGGUGGACUGCGUGUGUGUGAAGCAGUUGAGCCAGCAGAAAGAUAGAUGUGCAUGUUGGCACAUGCGGCAUAUGUCUAAAGCUGCCACAACUCAGAGAGCUCGGAUGUUUACUGCUUUCCUCUUGAGACAAAGGAACAUAGUUAUAUCAGUUAAAUAUCUGAAAGCUCCAAAUAUGAGAUUUGGGCUCUGAAAACAACAUUUUUUUGUUGUUUCAUCAGCAUAUGUUGACUGAUGUACAGCUGCAUCAGAUUGAGGUGGGCAAAGAGGAAGCUGAGAGUAAGCAGUAGAUAGCAUGCAGAAAGAAAAUUGCUUCAUAUCACCAGCAAUAUAUAAGAUGGAAAAGUUGAUGUCUGCAUCCCAUGAAACUUAACAAAUGGGGGAAGACAUCUGAUUUUUUUUUCUUCAAACAGAUCAUACACUAUACAAUUGUUACCCACAUCGACUUACAGCAUAAACAGUCCUGUUACACAGUAUUUGCCAUGUCUCCUAACUACUACAUGCAGGGACAAAUAUAGAUCUUUUCACACAUCAGGAUUCAUGUCACGCAGGGUUUGACACAGCACGACACACCUGGAGCACUUAAGGACUUAGUGCCUUGUUCAAGGGCAGUUCAGAAGUUUCAAUGUUUAUAGCAAUUAUCAUCUUACACCUGAAGUCACAUCAGGGGAUUAUCUGGCUCAACUGACACUCUAUAGAUGUAUCAGUCAUUGUUAUUGUUUUGUAUGCAUCAUGUGCAACCCUGAUGACACCCUCAAUAAAUACAUCCACACAUUCACACACACACAAAACGCAGAGUGGAGUCCAAAACUGAGUCCCAAGACAGACUGGACUAUUUAAAUUAGAAGGCUGCAACAAAGGGACAAAUGUCUAUGAUAAAUGCCUCUGCAAAGGAGGACGUUACAGCAAAGAUGAAGCUGAAAUGAUUUUCUGUCUUCUUGUUAACUGAUCCUCACAACUGAAACCAUUUCUUUCCCUCUAAUAGAGGGCACUGAAAUGAAAUCCACACAAAACAUCUUCCAAUAGAGUAAGAACAAGCACUUGUCCUAUACACUAUAAGGUUAUUUUUUUUGUGAAUUGUAUGUGAAAAUUGCUGUUUGAAAACCAUUAUGACAAGAGCUUGUACAGGUGAUAUAGUAUAUUACAGCUUCCCUAAAACACAGAUACAUUGUCUUGAGUUAACAUUGUCCAAAAUGUUUCAUGUGUGGUCUGUGUUGUGUGUGCUAUGUAAUGUAAGAGGACCAUCAGAGUACUGUGCACAGUAGACCUUCAUUUAACAAGUACAGCUUUCUUAUUCAGCACAAACUGAACGGCAUUGUAAAUAAAACUAAAUAAUGCUGCACAAACACCAUCAAUAACUUUAAAGUGCCUCAGGAAACUGGGUGCACAUGAACACAAAUGAAAAGGCUUCAGUUCCUCACACUAUAAACAUCCCAAGAUCAAGGUCAUCAAUCUCCCUGUUUUGUGAUGCAAUGUACUGUGUGCAACAAUGUAAGCGUCUUGUGAUAUAUCUACACUCACCUUCUUCACACUUCUUCCACGUGUGCAAACAGGGAUAAUCUGUUGUCAACUUCAAAGUAUAUUAAUAACAAAGUUGAUAUAUGUUUCUGCCUAUGCACAUUUUGAAGAUCAUAUUUGGUCUCGAGAAUCUUGUAUGAGUGAGGCUUCUUAUCAGAUAGUGUAAUUUAUUUCAAGAAAAUGUGUUUCUGUGUUGAAAGCAGAAAGAUAAAAAGAGACAGAGAGAAAAGAAAUCUGGAAUUAUUUUGAUUCUGAUAAGUAGUUUGCACAUACAGAACUGUGUCCAGGAAAACUCUGGGAGAUAUCAGCAAUAUGCAUUUUUUUAUGUCAUAAAUGUAAUGUAUGUAUGUAUUUUUAUGUUUUAAUAUGGUUAUUAUCUAAGUUAUUUUAUUUUUGUGGAUAACUUAAUAUUUGUAAGACAAUAAAGACCAUAAUAUGGCCAUAA